AUGGCGAUGCUUCCAAGGGCAGCAAUGACAGGGUUCGGCCUCAUAUGUUCACUUCUCCUCCUCUCGCUUCCUCUCACUCUUGCGAGGACGGCUGACAGCAAUCUCGAUAACCGGAACCCGUAUUGCUUCAUGUACUUUGGCAAUAUGUCCGCCGUGGUUCACGUUCCCGAUGCUUUACCUGAUAUCAACUAUAACGGGAACAAGUGUCCCCGUACCUGGAACAUUGACCUCCCGAAUCCCUCUACACUCCGACUCUGUCCACCGGCCAACACCCCGACUACCUCAUUGGAGAAUUUAGCUGUUGAUGUUGCGCUGAGAGUCUAUGAAGUGAACAAGGACAUAUGGAACCUCAAUCCCAUCAGUCUUCAGAUUUAUGACAUUCUCGUCUCCAAUGGGUCUGUCCCCGGGCCAUACGUCAACGGCGUCAUCAAGCCCGCAAUUCUUGCACCCAACAAAGAGCCAUCCGACGGCCUCCCAGCCUGGACGAUUAAAGGUACCGAGGAGGCGCUAUUUGAGGAUAAAAAGGAUACUCAGUACUCUGGUCCUAAUCGCUAUGUGGAGCUGGCAUGCGCCAAGGUAUCGAAUAACGAUUCAGAUCACUACUGUGCUUCCCGCCAGGAGGGACACACCGGGGAGGGAUGUUGGCGCGAUAGCCGAAUCUACUGGACGACGGAUGCCCAAAAUCUCAACUACACUUUUCAGUUUGAUAACAGUAGUGCGGCUGUCACUCUUUCUACAAAGGCUGAACAUAUUUAUUUACGCAAUAACACUCACACUGGCACUUAUUUGACGGCGGAGAUUCGGUUUCAAGGGCACCACAUCCUGCCUGCUAAGGACUCUAAGUUUUGGUCAAACUAUAGCGGAGACUAUCAGAGUGAGAAGGAGCAUUACCAUGAUGGUAUCAUUCGCCUAGUCCCCGACGAGACGGGGAUGCCGCUGCUGCUCAACUCGACUUCGGGGGAAUGGUAUGCUGCCAGAAACGGUACCUUUCUAAAGAACGGAGGAGCGGCGAUGUACAGUGGCGGCACCACCACUCUAGCUCUUACAGGUACUCUGGCAGUGUUGUUAUGGACAUUCUUAGCAUAG